UGAGCAAAGACGCGAAUUUAUGGAAUACAUUUCAACGAUAUAUUUCUAGAAAUGAGCCACCUGAAUCUUAAAUUUCUACUCCUAGUCAGCUGUUGUUUCCAUCACUGCCAGCUUCAAGCCGCACCUUUUUCGGAUACCGACCAAUUGGAGAACGAGGUUUUAUUUGCUGGUUUUGGUGACGAUUUGGACUGGAGUCGGGCCAACUGGCAGCUGGUGAUCCCCUGGCUGAUGGAGCGCCAGCAGCUGCGUUUCUGCGUCUCCCUGGCCAGAUUCGAUGAGCAGUUGGUGCCGGGAACAGCCUGCCAGGCCCUUCUGGCCAACGGGCCGCUCAUGGACAACUGCGACAUUGGAAACAUCGAGGACCUGACCAUGACCAUGCGCUACGCCUUUGGCGAAAUCCUGUUCGAUACCACGCGAAAAUGUCGCCCAGGCCUGGAGCUCUUUGGAGUUCGCUGCAGGCGGAGAGCGUAACGAAGAGAAAGCCUGUAGCAAGCUAAUAUUCGUAAAACUGAAAUUUCCCUCAUUAAUGAUUCAUCAUAACAAUAUAAGCGGAUUAUAAGGCUUAGAAGCUAAGUAUAAACGUAAAAAAUCGGCAAUAUAACAUUAAAUAAGUUACAUUUUUAUUCGGACAGAAACGGUUUCAACACAAUAAAAAGGUCAGUUAAAAAGAAAUCGUUAAACUUACAAGCAAAAAAAAAAAUUUCUGCACUUAGAAAAAAACUCAAAC